UGAUGCAGGUGUUGAAAUAAUGAUUGCAUUCUCCCAAUCCCAUCAACACAGAUCUUCAACUAGGAUCUAAUGCUUCACCCUGAGACGAUUCUUAUGCCAUCUUUCCGUUGCAUCCCAUAAGCCGUUUGAAAUCAUGUUUCAAUUUAGGCUGCCACAACUGCCAACACUCUCCUUCUCAUUUGGUGGUGGGAUACGUCUUCCCAAGGUAGAAGUACACGAUAUUGAAGAACGACCUGAGAAACGGGCUAGAACUCUGAAACAUCUGGUCAAGCAUAAUCACAUCAGCCACAGCAUCAUCUACAACGAGCUACGGUUCCACAAUCAUGUUCCUCAUCUCCUAGGGUCUGCAUAUAUCCUAGGCGCCGAGUCGGAACAGCUGAAUGACCUCUACGAGCACGCAAGCAAAGACCUGGAACCAUGGCACGACAGCCCAGGCGAAAUUUCGAAACAUGACUGGACAGAAUAUUUAGGCAAAAGAGAGUAUCAGCGUGCAUUCGUGGACUUCUUCGAGGAUCAACUAGUCGAACUUGGGUACGACUGGCGUGCGCUCCUGGACGAGUUUCUUUUAUCAGGGAAGGAGCCUUUGAUCAAUAAUCUCAUAUCGGGUCUGGCUCAUCCACUGAUCCACCUAGGUUACGCUCACGAGCUGGCCUCCCGAACUGUAGCCGUGGAAGCUUUAGCGUUGGCCGCUUGCUCCCAUAAUGAUUGGCACAAAUACUUGGAUGAUCCUCAGUACAACAAACCAGCUCCACAACCAUCCGACUCACUCUUUACCAUCCUUGACCGGGUGGCAUCGGACAAACGGUUCGAGAGUUUGUCUGGAAAGGCUGGAAGUGACGGCAUCGAUGAGAUAUUGCACAACGAUUUGACAGCUGCAGCACUUCUCGAGCACUGGAAUUCGUGGAUCGUUGAGAAGCCAACCGAGCAAUUUGCAGAAUCCCAGAAGCUCGCCGUCGUGCUGGUCGCCGCGGCACAGCACAGUCAUGCGAGCAAGAAUAUCCACGACUUCUUCUUGGUACACAUCUUAACGAGCUCCCACGCAGUACGAACACUACUACCGCUUCUACCUGCGAAGUGGCAUGUGCCGUUAGUGAGACAAUGGUGGCUGUUCCUGUUGCUCGCCUACGUCGCCCAAUCGCGGCCGCGUACCAACAUCGAUCAAAUCAAGCUCGUGGAGCUGGAAGACCGAGAUUGGAGGUACGUUUCUCAUAGCGCCCUGAAGGGUGAUCAUCGAACGGAUGAGCAUUUCGUCAAAGCUUUGCGCUGUAUCCAGGAGUUGAGCAAGACAUGGGGCGACCCAAACCAAUUCUACCUGAAGGCUGCAAUGAAGUUGGCGGACGACUUCGAAGGGUGGGGUGGAUUUGGGAUAGAAUGAAGAAUGUCGUGGCGUAGGUACGGGCUUUGUAAGAAGAGUUUCAUGCAAAACAUGAGAUAUCACACGGAUGCAUACACUUCAUGCCAUAUCUAUGCGUUCGUGCCAAUAUUGCACCCUUCGAAAUUUGUAUUUGAGCCAUCCCAUGACCAAGGCGAUGAGAUUGUGAUGGUAGCAGUGGAGCAGCAAGCUUUACAGAGAAGUUAACUUGUCCCGCA